AUGAUGCCCCACAACAGGGGCAUCAAAGUGCGAGAAACAGUUUGCCCAUAUGUCUCCACCUCCACCGGGGAUCGAACCAGGAACUUCAGUAAAACGAAUCCGAAGCGCUGUCCACCCAGCUGUCAGGCGACCGACAGUGCCACAACAUCCUCGGCCUUUGAUGAUAGUGCAACAACACCCACGGUCUCUGAUGGUAGUGCAACAAUACCCACGGCCUUUGAUGAUAGUGCAACAACACCCACGGUCUCUGAUGGUACUGCAACAAUACCCACGGCCUCUGAUGGUACUGCAACAACACCCACGGCCUCUGAUGGUACUGCAACAACACCCACGGUCUCUGAUGGUAGUGCAACAACACCCACGGUCUCUGAUGGUACUGCAACAAUACCCACGGCCUCUGAUGGUACUGCAACAACACCCACGGCCUCUGAUGGUACUGCAACAACACCCACGGCCUCUGAUGGUACUGCAACAACACCCACGGCCUCUGAUGGUACUGCAACAACACCCACGGCCUCUGAUGGUACUACAACAACACCCACGGCCUCUGAUGGUACUGCAACAACACCCACGGCCUCUGAUGGUACUGCAACAAUACCCACGGCCUCUGAUGGUACUGCAACAACACCCACGGCCUCUGAUGGUACUGCAACAACACCCACGGCCUCUGAUGGUAGUGCAACAACACUCACGGCCUCUGAUGGUAGUGCAACAACACCCACGGCCUCUGAUGGUACUGCAACAACACCCACGGCCUCUGAUGGUACUGCAACAACACCCACGGCCUCUGAUGGUACUGCAACAACACCCACGGCCUCUGAUGGUACUGCAACAACACCCACGGCCUCUGACUCUGUUGUUUUUCCAAUAACACCCACGGCCUCUGAUGGUAGUGCAACAAUACCCACGGCCUCUGAUGGUAGUGCAACAAUACCCACGGCCUUUGAUGGUACAGCAACAACACCCACAGCCUUUGAUGGUACAGCAACAACACCCACGGCCUUUGAUGGUACAGCAACAACACCCACGGCCUUUGAUGGUACAGCAACAAUACCCACAGCCUUUGAUGGUACAGCAACAACCCCCACGGCCUUUGAUGGUACAGCAACAACACCCACGGCCUUUGAUGGUACAGCAACAACACCCACGGCCUCUGAUGGUACAGCAACAACCCCCACGGCCUUUGAUGGUACAGCAACAACACCCACGGCCUUUGAUGGUACAGCAACAACACCCACGGCCUUUGAUGGUACACCAACAACACCCACAGCCUUUGAUGGUACAGCAACAACACCCACGGCCUCUGAUGGUACAGCAACAACACCCACGGCCUCUGAUGGUACAGCAACAACACCCACGGCCUUUGAUGGUACAGCAACAACACCCACGGCCUUUGAUGGUACAGCAACAACACCCACGGCCUUUUAUGGUACAGCAACAACACCCACAGCCUUUGAUGGUACAGCAACAACACCCACGGCCUCUGAUGGUACAGCAACAACCCCCACGGCCUUUGAUGGUACAGCAACAACACCCACGGCCUUUGAUGGUACAGCAACAACACCCACGGCCUUUGAUGGUACAGCAACAACACCCACAGCCUUUGAUGGUACAGCAACAACACCCACGGCCUCUGAUGGUACAGCAACAACACCCACGGCCUCUGAUGGUACAGCAACAACACCCACGGCCUUUGAUGGUACAGCAACAACACCCACGGCCUUUGAUGGUACAGCAACAACACCCACGGCCUUUGAUGGUACAGCAACAACACCCACAGCCUUUGAUGGUACAGCAACAACACCCACAGCCUUUGAUGGUACAGCAACAAACCCCACGGCCUUUGAUGGUACAGCAACAACACCCACGGCCUUUGAUGGUACAGCAACAACACCCACAGCCUUUGAUGGUACAGCAACAACACCCACGGCCUUUGAUGGUACAGCAACAACACCCAGGGCCUUUGAUGGUACAGCAACAACACCCACGGCCUUUGAUGGUACAGCAACAACACCCACAGCCUUUGAUGGUACAGCAACAACACCCACGGCCUCUGCCUUGUGA